AUGCCGUUGCUCAUCGACGAGGCCAUGGGCACCUUGAAGGACAAGGACAUGACCUACUCGGAGUUGGACGCGGCCGCCGUGUCCAGCAAGGCGGCGGGGGACAUUGGCGGGCCCAUCGACGUCGGCACUUUUACCCGCGGUGCUCUGCGGAAGCUGGGCGAGGCGAGGGUGACCAGGUCUCUCUUCGACGUCGUGGAAGAGUUUCCGAUGCCAGAGAAUCGGGACCAGGUCAUGGAGCAGAUCGCGGGGCAGACGUACACCGACGUGCCGCCUGCUCUUCGCCCAGGCGCUGAGCUCCCCGAAGGCGCCAAAUACUCCGUUGUCGGUGGCAACGGCAACGGCGCCGCCGUCGCCGUCAAGAUCUACGCGUUCCAGAACCAAGCGCCCUUGAAGACCGCACAGGAGCUCGUGAUCGGGACUGGGCAUGCUCCAAUAGCGAGAAAAGGCCCAUGGCUCCACAAGAAAACCCUGCAGUGGUUGCUUGAUCGCAUCCCUGGCCACCGCGUCGAUUGGGCAAGCGCGGAGGAGAAGCAACGGGCGAAACCGACAGACGGCGGAAAGAAGAGAUGGGAGGCCACGGACGAGGCGCUCGAAGAGGGCACUGACUUCAUCAACAAGCACGCGCCCGCCGUGAACGACAUGAACCAGCAGUGGCUCUUCAUUGAGAAGAACAUCAAGCCGAGCAGCGGGUCCAAGAUUGCGGGGGGGCCGUGGGCUAAAGUUGCUAACGCAGUGCACAACCGAGCGAAGGCAGCAACGGGGUGCGCCAAGGUUGAGCGCUCGUUCCCCCUGUGCGUGUUCGACUUGCACCCGCUGUGGCCAGAAGUGUUGCUUCCGUGCAUCUCCCCGCUCCUAUCGCAGUUUGGGCUCCUCUUCUUUGGCUUGCCUGGCAUCGGCAAGACGCCCACUUUCAUCGUGCUCGCCAUGGCCAUGGGCCGCUACACUGCGGCGCGCUCGGGCGGUAAUCUACUCCCUGGAUGGCGCCGCAGCAAGUCGAUGGACGGCUUAAAGUCCAGCCAGGGGACAGCGUCCGAGGGCACUCUCCUCGACGACCCUGGCAUGUGGCAUCUCUCGAUCGAUGACCUGAAGUCCUUCUUCGACGCCGCAGAGGACACCUUCGCCAGGGCCAGGUACAACGACGCCAAGUUCGUGAAGAACUCAGUGCGGUGCUUGGCGGAGAAUGAGUUCGGUGAGAAGGACGAACCGCCCGCGGAUGACCGAACCAUUAUCACCGCGGCCGAGGCUGAGAAGCUGUUCAUGAAGCCGUUCUCGGGGUGGAAGCAGGCGCAUGUCCUCGCGGUGCUCAAGCGCACCGUCGCGUGCGUCGCUGGUCGCCACUCCAUGUACCUUCGCUUUCCCAGCAGCGACCCCGACGCGGUGGUCCACCGCAUCAGCUUCGACAACAUCGAGAAGGACUGGUUGCGCGGCAAGCAGUACUGGGCCAAUGACAACAAGAAGUACUACAACCUCUACAAGCAGGGCAUGGAGGACUUGAUCGACCGUGCCGCGACCGCGCGCGGGGACAAGCUGGCCGACGCCUACAUCGCCGAGUGCAACGAGUCCUUGCAGGCCAAGCUGCUCUCCGUCAUGGAGUUGUCCUCCAGGCUGAGCGCGGCGCCGCCGCGCCCCGAGGCCGAGGCCAGCGACGGGGCCUCCAUGCUCAGCGUGGCGCCGCCUAGCCCCGAGGCCGAGGCCAGCGGCGGGGCGAUCGCUCUCCGCGUGCGCCCAGAUGGAGACGGGAGUUACGUGUUCCCGACGGGGCCGCCGGCACCGCGCACCAGCACCAAGCGCAGCCGGUGCCGCAUCGACGGCGUGGGGGCGAUGGAGGUGCGUCCGAGGGGCUCCCCGCCGUCGCUUGUCGAGGGCCAGCCCGACAUCCUGGCCGCGGAGCUGGGGGCGAUGCUCGAGGCCGAGGGCUUGGCCACGCAGCCUGGCGUCGAGGCAAGCCCGCAGGGCUUUGUGGUCGCUCACGGGCCUGGCAUCCUAGAGCUUUCUCGCAGGCAUCUGGCGAUUUCUUCGGCUCGAGCGCGCUGCGCUUGCCAUCUCUGCAGGCGCCGCGGCCGCGCGGCGGCGGGGGCGCCCUUGGCCAUGGCGCCGAGUAAGCGCCAUCGCUGCAGCUGCUGCGGCGAGUCGGGGCACACCGUGGCGACGUGCCCGAGCCCUGGCGCUGCUGCCAUCAAGAGUCUGAAGGCGAAGAUCAGCCGCUUGGAGAAGACCAGCGCCAAGCCGAGGACGGGCCAGCUGAGGGCGAGCCAGCCGAAGUCGUUCAAGAAACUGCGGCGCCAGCGCUCCAAGCUGCACUCGGCUGGCCACAGCGAGAAGCGCGCCAUCGCGUUGCAGGCCUGUUCGCGCGGGGCCGAAGGCUCGGUUGCAGCCCGCGAGGAGCUGGUCCAAGCGGGCUUCCUCGCUCGGGCACCUCUUCGCUGCCCGACAUGCGCGAAGGGAUACCUUUCGGACGCCCCGUGCAGUCGGGCCAGGGGCGGUGCCACCAACAAGGACUUGCUCUACUUCCGCUGCAAAGAUUGGGGGUCGCUCCUCGAAUCCUAUACGGGCGCGGCGGGCCAGGGCAGCGCCAGCGCGCGGAAAGCUGCCAAGUCGGCAUACUGCGGGUACAACGUCGCGUACCGCCUGUACAGGUAUCUGCGCGGCUUGGAGGCGGACGCAGGGGGCAAGGAGAACGAGUCGAUGCAGCUCGGCGGGGAGAUCGAGCCCAUCCGCGACAUCGAGGGCGACGGCACGCUGGUCAGGAAGAUCAGGGUGAGCAGCAAGAGCACGACGUGGCGGACCGAGAUCGCAGAGGCGAAGAAGAGGACGAUCGCAUACCUGAGGCUGAAGGCAUGCAGGGCGAAGAAGCGGUCCUGCAAGCUCGUGGAGCCCAAACACUACAUGGUCCACGUCCGCUACGUGGGGCUUUGUGAGCGAGGUGGCAGGGUGACCGUUGCCCCACUUCCUGUCCGCGUGGUGCCGCCUGGCACGGCGCAGCCGCCCGAGGCGCAGGACGAGGUUCUCAAGUCGGGCAUCAUGAACAGACUGGUGAGGAAGAAGAAGGUGUUCCUCUUCUCCGACGGCGCACUGGCCUGGCCCAAGAUCGUCGAGCAGCAGAACAAGGCAGGCCGCAACAUCGCGCUGUCGGCGGUGGUGCACCAGAAGCGGCAGUACACGAAGCUCAUCGCCAAAAAGAAGAGGGGGCAGUCCCGCCUGGCUGGCACGCAGGCAAUGGACUCACGGUGGAAGUACAUGAAGUCGUACAUUCCGCGGACCCUGAAGGCCGCCAAGGGUCGCGCCGUGAACCCUGAGCUGCGCACAUACACCAUGUCGUGGCAGUGGAGGCAGAACUUGGCAUGCACGGGCGCCGCGCUGUAG